AUGGCCGCCGCGCAACGAGCGUUUGAAUGGCCCGGCGCCGCCCCGAUUGGCCCGGCCGCGGGGCUUGAACUGGCCAAUGGCGGGCGGCGCUGCCCUGCCGCCGCUCCCCGGGCGAGAACAUGGCGGGCGCUCCCCGGGCCGCCGCUAGAGGGCGCGGGUCAGCCGCGCACGGGCCCUGCGCGCCCAGCGGCCGCGGCCCGGUGCGGGAGGGGAAGGGCGGCCAUGGACAGGUUCUCGUGGACCACCGGGCUGCUGGAGCUGGGAGAGACGCUGGUGAUCCAGCAGCGCGGCGUGCGCCUCAGCGAUGGGGAGGAGAAGGUAAAAUUCGAUAGUGGAGUUUUACUGCUAAGCACACACAGACUGAUCUGGAGGGAUCAGAAGAAUCAUGAAUGCUGCAUUGCUGUACCUCUGUCUCAGAUUGUAUUUAUUGAAGAGCAAGCAGCUGGGAUAGGAAAGAGUGCCAAAAUAGUAGUUCAUCUUCAUCCUGCUUCUUCAAACAAAGAGCCUGGUCCAUUCCAAAGCAGCAAAUAUUCCUACGUCAAGCUUUCUUUCAAAGAACAUGGGCAGAUUGAGUUCUACAGACGAUUAUCAGAAGAAAUCACACACAGGAGAUGGGAGAGCUUGCCCACUGGUCAGGCCAUGCAAGUUAACAAGGAUUCACAGGCAGGAAGAAUAAGAGCUGUAGGAAUUGUAGGUAUUGAAAGGAAAUUAGAAGAAAAAAGAAAAGAGACUGAUAAAAACAUUUCCGAGGCUUUUGAGGACCUUAGCAAACUAAUGGAGAAGGCUAAGGAAAUGGUGGAAUUGUCCAAGUCAAUAGCCAACAAGAUUAAAGAAAAACAAGGUGACAUCACUGAGGAUGAGACCAUUAGGUUCAAGUCCUACCUACUGAGUAUGGGUAUAGCUAAUCCAGUUACGAGGGAAACAUACGGAUCUGGUACACAGUACCACAUGCAGCUGGCAAAGCAACUGGCUGGAAUCCUGCAGACUCCCUUAGAGGAGCGAGGGGGGAUCAUGUCUCUGACAGAAGUGUACUGCCUGGUGAAUCGUGCUCGAGGGCUAGAGCUGCUGUCACCGGAAGAUUUAGUAAAUGCUUGUAAAAUGCUGGAAUCACUGAAAUUACCACUAAGGCUUCGGAUAUUUGAUAGUGGUGUGAUGGUGAUUGAACUCCAGUCUCAUAACGAAGAGGAAAUGGUAGCUGCUGCUUUAGAGACAGUAUCUGAAAAGGGUUCUCUCACAGCUGAUGAGUUUGCUAAGCUGGUGGGGAUGUCUGUUCUCUUAGCCAAAGAAAGGCUGCUUCUUGCUGAAAAGAUGGGCCAUCUUUGCAGAGAUGAUUCAGUGGAAGGCUUGAGAUUCUACCCAAAUUUAUUUCUGACACAAAGCUAAUACCAUUUGUAUACAAUUUGUUAUGUAAUAAUAGAACAAGAGAGCAGAAUCCUUCCAAGAACUGACUUUAAAAUUCUUAUUUCGUUAGUCAACUGCAAGAGACAUGAACAUUGCAAUGCUUUUACAGUUCUCAGGUAUUUCAAGUGCUGAAUCGUCUUACAUGGAACUGAAAGGAAAUAGAAAUCACAAAGUGAGAAGCAUGUUUAUUGUCUCAAGACAACUCACUCAUUUUUCAAGUUUUAUUUGAUGUGCUGUGUAGUUUCUCAUUUCAAGAGAAGAUUCCACACCAGGUCAAGUGGAGAGAAUUUCGCUGUAGAGUGCUGUGAGGAUCAGCACCCAGAAGGCAACUUACUGCAUACUCCAAUUCCAGUUUGCUUAUGUCUGCAUCCACAAAGCAGACAGAUGUAUCCACAGAGAUAAGAAACAGGACUUUGGUGUGUACUGAGGUAUAAGGAACAAACCAGUGUAGAAUAACCCCUUCUGCCAGAAGUGAUGAACAGUUUUCUAAGGGAGGAUCAAUCUUGGGGUUCUAGAAUUUGAGGCAGAAAGAACCUGCUGCAAGAGAGGUUAUUGUACGUCAGGCGAAUCUAGAAAUUACCGUGUUUAUUUUGUCGUGUCUUACACUAAUGUCUCAGAUAGAAGCAUUGUUAGCACAGACUUCCUCCCUUCUCUUUCCUUGCCAUCUUCCUUCCUGUCCAUUCAUGUUGCACUUUGGGUGCCCUUUCUCUGUCCUCUCUGUAGCAGAGUGGAGCAGCCUCCUGUCACUUUACCAGACUCUAUGCUUCAAUGUGCUUGUAUUUAUCUUGUACUUCUAACAAAAGAUCAUUUGUUUGUUUUAUCAGCCUAUUACCUGUUUUGGGGAAACAGUUCAUUUGCUUACCUCUCAUAUGUGAAAAUUAAUAUGCUUCCUAUAUUGAAGGGAGGAAGAAGACUAUCACCCUGUGUUUAAUAACCACAAGGUAUCAUUGUUUGGUAUUCUUCACCCUGUGUUCACACUGAAUGCAAUAUAAUAGCCUCGGUUUUCAUAACUCCAGUGGAGUUGCUACACUACUUGAAGAUCUGUCAUGAUAGUAACAGUUAAGUGGAUGUUUAUGAUCCACAUUACCUGAAUUUUUGGCAUUUUGAAGUGACUAUUUUUAAUAAAUAAAGUUAAUUUAAGGUAUGGGCAAGGACAUCAUACAGGUAACUGCAUUGUGAUGGCCAGAUCAGCUUUACAAGAAAGGACAAAAAGGCUUUUAAUAUGAGCCUGAAGAUACUUUCAGAACUAUUUCAGUAUUACCAUAGCAUGAGUUAAGACAUGAGUGAAGAACCUGUUAAUAGUUCAGUGCAGAGAUUCCUACAGUGAUCGUGCCUGUGGCUUGCAGGAUGUCCUUUAUAUCCAGGAAUUGCAUCCGCUUACUCUUGUCACAUGCAGACUUUCAUGCAGUGCUUUCUUUAAGGCAGCUUUCCUCUGCUCCAUGAGGGUGCUGAAACUUAUGUCUUUGACAUGGUUGAAGGGAACCAGUUCCACACUGUUAUUACUGUGCUAGUCACCUGGUGUCAUCUCUUCAGGAGCCUUACAGCUUGCUGCUUUCCUUCAUCCUCCCCACAACCCAAAGGAGAGAUCCAUGCCAAGUACACUGAGCACCACAUAUCUAAGGAGGGAUAGAAAAGUGAGAAAUUUAGAAGCAAAAGGCUUUGUUGUUAACACCUGUCUUUUUGCCCAAUAAAAACCUGUCAUUGAAGGCCAGUGGUUUGUGGGCCUGAACCUCUCCCCACAAGGGGGCAUGUCGUGUGCAGGAAGGACAAAACCUGAGAGGAAAUGCCAAGUGUAAACUGCCAGCUUCCAUUCCUCCAACCCUAAGUGUUUCAUUAUCUUACUUAAGCAAUAAUAAUACAGCCUAUUUAGAAUAAUGGUACCUUCUCAAGCUUUUCUUUUCCAAGAUUUUUCCUUGACUUUGUUUUUCCUCCAGACAAAAAGGCUAUAGGGUAAAUUGUAUUGCUGGUUUAGAAUUUAAACAGACACAUGAGAAAAUGGCUGCUAGAAAGUAAGAAAAAUUAAAACAUUUUCUUAAAUA